AUGCAACCAUCUUUUUAUGCAGAUGAUAGCCCUGGGCUUGAAAAUUUUGCCCCGACUGUAUCUAAGCUUGGCCUAAGCAUUGCAGACGCUAAAUACAUGGAAAACUGCUCAUCAAAUUCUUCAAUCAAUAGCAAACACUUAAAUUAUUCAUUUAAAAUCAAAUACCAAAAGAGGAAAGAUGCUCCUGUUUAUGAGUGGACCAUCAAUCGGUGCAUCCAAGAAUUCCAAGAUCUUCAUCAAAAUCUGCUAAAAGAAAUGCAGAAAGGGAACCUAGCGUCUGUACCUAGACUGCCAAAUAUAGAAAAUUUCUCUAAAGAGCCUUUAGAAGAGCAAUUAGAAAGGCUAGAAGCAUACUUAAAAGACCUUUCCCAGCAAAGAGACACAAUCAGCAAUCCAAAAUUUUGGGAAUUUUUCGAAGUCAGUUCUCUUUCCUUCGAAGGAGUCAAACAAAAGUGAAAAGAAGGUUAUGUCUUCAAAAGAACAGGAGGACAGAUCGGUAACGAGCGCCGAAUCUUCAACUGCGCGAAAUACUGCAAACGGCUUCAAAAGCGCUGAAUGAUAAUCAGAAAUGACAUGGUCGGGUACUUAAAAAGCAACACAAAAAGCUCUUUAAACGAAGUCCUGAUGUUUAAGGGUAGGUUCGAAGUGCUAUAUGGAGAAAAAGACACAGGGUAUGAAGACGGUGUAAAAAUAAUUACACUGAGAAGAACCUUCAUAUUUAGAGCUGGAUCUCCUUUGAAAAGGGAUGAAUGGGUAAAAGCUAUAGUAACAGCUUAUAAUGAAUCUGAAUGAAACAGGUCUGAACAGAGGUUUGAUUCGUCAUUUCCAUUGAGAGAACAAAACGAGGUCACGUGAUAUGUGGAUGGGAAAAUGUAUUUUAACGAAGUUUGUGAGUAUUUGAAAAGAGCAAAACGUGAGGUUUUUAUUUCUGAUUGGUGACUUAGUCAUGAUCAUAAUUAAAAUAUGGCGUUGUUAGAAUUUGCCGAAAAUUCAUCUCUUGGAUAUUUUAAUUAUGGUGAAAUUAUUUCGGGAGCAAGAGCCGGGCUAUAUUUCGAACUCAAUACAGCCUUAGGGAAUUGAAUUUUCCAUAAAGGCAUCUGCUAUCCCAGGCGGUAGAGGCUUGGACCUUUAGGGUGCUUGACGGACCCAAGUAGGCAGCUUGAGCUCAAAAAAAAGUUGUAGAAGCUCAAGCUUCAAAACUGGCGUCCUUGUCGUGAAACAAAUCAGAUAGCCACCCUUUGGCUGGCCGUAAGAAGAUGACGGGAAUUCGCCCCAGAUCGGUGUUGAAGGCAGCUGUAGCAGCAGACAACCUGGCAGUGGAGUUAAACAAAGAAUUUUAAUUUUUAUUUUUAUUGACUUAGUCCUGAUCUGUAUUUAAAAAGACCUGCCAAGAAAUACGAAAAGUCAAAGGUGGUGGAAUUAUUAGGGAUGCUGGCUGAUAGAGGUGUUUCUGUAUUUGUUCAUGUAUAUAAAGAAGUGACCUUUGCAUUGACACUGAACUCUAUGUAUACAAAAACAACUCUAUUACAAAGAAAUCCAAACAUAAAAGUAAUCAGGCAUCCACAUAGGUCUGUUGUAGGUGGCGAAUUUUUGUGGUCUCAUCAUGAAAAAAUUGUCUGCAUUGACCAAGAAAUUGCCUUUAUGGGAGGGCUGGAUUUAUGCUAUGGACGAUAUGACACAAAUAAGCAUCCUUUAGUCGACCAUGAACAUAUUUUUAAUGGAAUUGACUACUCCAAUGCUAGAAUUUCUGAUUUCUAUGAGGUGCAGAACUGAAAUAGAGACUUAAUAAAUAGAGAAAUAAAUCCACGAAUGCCAUGACAUGAUGUAGCACUACGAGUUAUCGGAAAAUCAGCUGCAGACAUAGGCCUGCAUUUUAUUGAGCUGUGAAACCACGUUAUGACCGACAUAACAACUGGAUAUCAUAAAAAUAAAAAUUUAUUGCAGCCAGCCCAUUCUCCAACUAUAAAUGAGCGUGGCAAAGAAUCGGAUUCUGAGUCAGCUUCAAGUUGUUCAUCAGAAGGAGAAGAAGAAACAAAAAAGCCUGUCAUAGUGCUCCGUGAGAAGAAAUUAUCUCUAGCCGUAGAGACAUUUAAAGAAAUAGCAGAAAACAGAAGAGCUUCACAUAGAAGAAGCUCAUUUAACGUUAACGGGAAAAGAAUCAAUGUAGAGUUCUUAAAUCAAAGAAUGGAAAUGAAUUCAGAAUUAAACCCAGGAACAGCAGUUGCAGUCGAUAAAAAAGAAGCUCUUAAAAGAAUGAAAACAACAGAAAACGACAAAAGAAACAGCUUGCUACAAAAUCAAGAUAUUGAUAAUGAGAAACCUACAGUAUUAAAAAGAAGAAGCACAGUUCAUAAUAUUGAUUUUGAGUUCCAGCGCAAACAAAGAGAAAAAAUUGAAAUGGCUGAUGAAGAAAAACUGAUGAAAGAAAUUGAAGAUGGACAAAUUGAAGGAGACGAAAAUUUCUCAAAAAUGCUGCUUUUACCAAAAAUAAAAGAACUAGGACAAACUGGGACUUGUGAUUGCCAGUUGCUCAGAAGUGCUGGACUGUGAUCAUUAGGGCUUGAGGAAACUGAGCACUCUAUUCACACUGCUUAUUUGAAUCUUAUAGACCAAGCCGACCAUUUCAUUUAUAUAGAAAAUCAGUUUUUUAUUUCUAGCACUGCUGGAGAAACUGUGAAAAAUCAAAUAGCACAAGCUUUGGUAGAAAGAAUUAAAAUUGCUGCCGAUAAAAAAGAGCCAUUUAAAGUAAUUGUAGUUUUACCUUUAUUGCCUGGGUUUGAAGGUGCAGUUGAUGACUCUUCAGCUUCAGUUCUAACUCCCCCCCUCCGUGAGUGAACAAAACCAUUAGAAAAAUCCCUAUUUUUUGCCAAAAACCCACCCUUCGUGAGUGAACAAAAAUUUUUUUAAUAGAAAAAAUUUUUAUGGAAAAAAAUUUUCGAUAUAUAAAUGAUAAUUAGUAUAAUGAAAUCUAGAGCUAAUUCUGUUUAAUUUCAAACGAAUUGCUUUUUAAAACAUAAAUUUUAUAAAUUAAAUUAAUAUUUGCUUUCCAAUUUUUGCGAAUUAGAUUUUUUUAAAUUUCGAAAAAAAAUAUUUUUUAUAAAAUUUAUAUAUAAAUUUUUUAAAAAAAAAAAAAUUAACCCCCUCCGUGAGUGAACAAAAUUUUUUUGUUCACUCACAGAGGGGGGGAGUAAGAGUGCAACUGCAUUGGGAAUACCAAACUAUUUGUAGAGGUCAAAAUUCUAUCUAUGAGCAGCUAAGGAGAGAUCCAAAUAUCUCAGACCCAGCUGAUUAUAUUAGAUUUUAUGGGCUAAGAGCUCAUGCAGUUCUUGGAGAUAGGCCAGUUACUGAAAUUGUAUAUGUCCACAGCAAGCUUAUGAUUGUUGAUGAUGACAUUGUCCUGAUGGGAAGUGCUAAUAUAAAUGACAGAAGCCAGCUAGGAAACCAUGACUCUGAGAUUGCUAUGAUUGUGACUGAUAAAACCAAAAUCCAAAGCACUUUGGCAGGAAAGCCAAGAGCUGUUUCCCAGUUUGCAUAUACAUUAAGGACUUCUAUUUUUAAAGAGCAUCUCGGGGUAGAAAGCGAAGAGCUUUUAAGAGAUCCACUAUCAGAUCAAUUUACAAAUGAAUGAAUAUCAACAGCUGCCAGAAACACAAAUUUAUAUAGAGAAUUAUUUAGAUGCUAUCCUGACGAUUAUAUUACCUCAAUAGCUGAAAUUCCUGAUUUUGAGAAUGAGGCUCAUCCUGAAAAGUACAACGAAUUUAAAGAUGUGAUAAGAGGAUUUUUGGUGGAGUUCCCAUUGGACUUUCUUAAGUUUGAAGACUUGAGGAUCCCAAUUUUCACGAAAGAGUAUGUGAUUCCAGAUGACAGUUUUGUAUAA